GUAAAGAAUUUACGAAUCUAUCAAGAACUCGUCUUUAUUUAGGGUUUUAUUCCGAUUGUAAUCCUAAUCCUACCCAAACGACGUCGUAAUGGGCGAGCACGGGAAGCGAAACCGUCCGCAAAGAGACAAUUACGACGGCGACGGUAAAAACAAUCAAAAGCGACGUUUUCAAAACGACAGAGACGAUAAGAAUAACAACAGUAACAGCGACGAACUUGUAGUUUACAGAAUCCUAUGCCCCGACGAGGUAAUCGGAAGCGUAAUCGGAAAAUCCGGCAAAGUAAUUAACUCAAUUCGGCAAGAAACUAGGGCACGAGUAAAAGUUGUUGAUCCGUUUCCCGGUGCUAAAGAUAGGGUUUUAACAAUCUAUUGCUACGUUAAUAAAAAGGAAGAGGUUGAAAUUGAUGAGGAAUUCGAUUGCGGUAAUGAGCGCGAGCCGUUAUGCGCGGCUCAGGACGCGCUUAUUCGAGUUCAUUCUGCUAUUUCAAAUGCUGUUGCUACGUUUGAUUCGGAUAAGAAGGGUAAGGGGUAUAGUAAGGAGUGUCGGAUUCUUGUUCCGUCUAGUCAGGCUGCGAAUGUGAUUGGGAAGGCGGGGACGACGAUUAAGAAGCUGAGGAAUAAGACGAGGGCGAAUGUUAAAGUUACGCCUAAGGAUGGUUCGGAUCCUGCUCACUCUUGUGCUAUGGAUUUUGAUAAUUUUGUUAUGAUAACUGGGGAAUCAGAAGCUGUGAAGAAAGCAUUAUAUGCAGUUUCUGCAAUUAUGUAUAAAUUCAGUCCUAGAGAAGAAAUUUCGCUGGAAACAACUAUACCAGAUGCUCCUCCAAGCAUCUUUAUACCAUCAGAUCUCCCUAUUUAUCCACCAGGUGGGAUAUAUCCUACUGCUGACCCAAUUGCUUCUUCUAGAUCCUUUCCACCAAUCUUAGGCUCUGCACAUAUGCCAGAACUUCAGGGAUAUGGGAAUGAUGGGGGUUCAUGGCCCGUGUAUUCUUCCACCCUUCCUGUGGUCCCUACUUUUGGCAGUGCAUCUCGAUCUGAAGAAUUAAUCUUACGAGUAUUUUGCCCCUUUGACAAGAUUGGGCGGGUUAUUGGUAAGGGUGGAGGUACUAUUAAAAGCAUAAGGCAGUCUAGUGGAGCUCGUAUUGAGGUUGAUGAUACCAAGGCUGAUCAUGAUGAGUGCCUCAUUACGGUGACCGCUAUAGAGUCACCUGAUGAUUUGAAAUCUAUGGCGGUGGAAACUAUUUUAUUGCUCCAAGGGAAGAUUAAUGAUGAAGAUGAUGACACUGUUAGUAUUCGAUUCCUUGUUCCAUCUAAAGUUAUUGGGUGUAUAAUUGGAAAAAGCGGUUCAAUCAUAAAUGAAAUUCGAAAGAGAACCAAAGCUGAUAUACACAUUUCCAAAGGACAGAAGUCCAAGCGUGCUGAUUCCACCGGUGAACUUGUUGAGGUGUUAGGAGAAGUUGGUAAUGUGAGAGAUGCGCUUGUCCAAAUAAUUUUGAGGCUCAGAGAUGAUAUCUUGAAAGAAAAUGAUGGCGGUCAUAAUCCUUCAUUUGGUGCGGAUCCUUUAUAUUCAGGGGGGUCUAGUAUGUCAAUACAAUCUUUACUGUCUUCUGUUCCACAAGUUGCUCCAAUGUCUUACGACCAGAGGCCUGAAGCUGGAAGUGGCUUAGGCCUACUUGCAUCAAGCAAUCUCUAUGGAUAUGGACAUCUACCGAUGGAAGAGAAUGGCUAUGGAUCAAUGUCCUCGUAUUCUUCAUCUAAGUUGUAUGGAGGAUUGCCUCCAAAUUCAUCUUUGGAGAUGUUGGUGCCUGCUAAUGCAGUGGGUAAAGUGCUGGGUAAAGGAGGGGCAAAUAUCGUCAACAUUCGAAAGAUAUCAGGAGCAAUGAUAGAGAUCUCAGAAGCCAAGUCUGCUAGAGGUGACCGUAUAGCUCAUAUAUCAGGCACACCAGAGCAGAAGCGGGCAGCUGAAAACUUGAUCCAGGCAUUUAUAAUGGCCACAUAGGUUUCAAGAACGGUACUCUUGGUAUUUUGAAGCUGAAUAGUUAAGAUCUUGGACUUUUCUUUGUGAAAGUCAUCCUUAGUUUCUUUAAGCUACAUCUAGAAAGGGCUUCACUUUCUACGCUUCUACAACUGGACUCAGAUCUUAGAACUUGUUAGGCUCUAUCUUUCCCUCCGAUCUGUUUCAUAUGGUCUUAUCAAUAACUAUUCUGGUUUCACCAUACGUCCAUUAUUGUUUUUUCUCUAAUUUUACAAUCGUCAGCAAGUGUUUUCAAUGCCAUAGCUUCAAACUCAUAAUGAAUGUGUUGUUUCUCUCUGGCCAUGCAA